AGAGAAAGUCAAAGUCCGACCCUUCCCACCUACUCUGUCCAACGCGCAAAUAAGUAUGUUUCUAUUCUCCGUAGCUUUGAUAAUUUGUUCGUGAGUGAAACUAGCUAGAUCUGCCUCCGUCUCCCUUCCCGGUGACUAGCUAGAUCUGCUCAAGCCGGUGGCCGGGGAGUGCCGAUGACGACGCUUGAGUUCACGCCAACGUGGGUCGUUGCUGCGAUGUGCUCCUUCAUCGUGCUGCCCUCGCUCGUCGCCGAGCGGUGCCUCCAUUACCUUUCCAAGGCAAUCAAACGGAAGCAACCAAAACCGCUCUAUAAGGCCUUCCUGAAGAUUAAACAAGAGUUGUUGCAAGGGUUGGUCGCCCUGCUGCUCACAUUGUUCCAAAAGUUCAUCAAGAAGACAUGCAUUUCUCCUAGCUUGGCAGUCCACAUGUUGCCAUGCCGGAGGGCAGGUGCGCUGGGGCUCACAAAGCAGCACUAUGUUGCCUCUCAAAUCAUUGGCAGGUUCGGAACCCGGAUGUUAAGCGAAGACACGGAACGGAGCGAAUACUGCCGUUCAAAGGGAAAAGUUCUAUUGUUGUCCAGUGAAGUUAUACAUCAGCUGGUAAUUUUCGUACUUGUGCUGGCUGUCGCGCACGUUUUGUUCAGUGUUUCAACAAUGAUUUUAGGAGUUGCAAAGAUACGUCAAUGGAAACAAUGGGAAAGUGAAUUUCAUACAGUCGAUUACAACGCAAGAAGUGGGUCUACCAGGUUUUCCUUUGUGCGUCAACAUUUAUUUGUUAGGAAUCAUUUUUAUGCUGUUGACCAGGAUUCAAGAAUAUUGGGUUGGCUGCAUUCUUUUGUUAAGCAGUUCUAUGGGUCAGUAACUAAAAUAGACUACACCACAAUGCGUCUCGGUUUUAUCAAUAAUCACUUCAGUGGACAUACAGUAUUUGAUUUCCACAAGUACUUGAUGAGGGUUUUACAGAACGAUUUUAAGAAAGUAGUUGGGAUAAGAUGGUACAUGUGGAUAUUCGUGGUGUUCUAUCUCUUGCUGAAUAUUAAUGGCUGGCACACAUACUUUUGGAUUGCAUUCCUUCCUCUUCUGCUUCUGUUGGCCAUUGGCACCAAACUGCAGCACGUCAUCAAUCUGCUAGCUCGGGAAGUACAUGAUAGGGCAAAUGUGAUAAGAGGUGAUUUGGUUCUAAAUCCAUCAGAUGACCUUUUCUGGUUUGGACGGCCAAGGAUUAUCCUGAGCCUAAUCCACUUCAUCCUGUUCCAGAAUGCGUUUGAGAUCGCAUACUUUUUCUGGAUACUGAUCACCUAUGGAUUCAACUCCUGCGUCAUGGGGAAAGUUGGAUAUACCGUGCCAAGGCUUGUUAUUGGGGUCAUUAUUCAAUUUAUCUGCAGCUACAUCACCCUGCCUCUGUAUGCAAUUGUAACACAGAUGGGAAGCUCCUGCCAGAAGGAGCUCUUCAGCGAUAAUGUGCGCCACGCCCUCCAGGGAUGGGCUCAAGGAGCUAAGAUGACAGCGCGGGAUAAGCAUAUUGACAUGGUUAUGGCGGGGCCUUCCGUAGAAAUGAUGAGACAAACUUCACGGGAGAGCAGUUGCGCCGAUGAAAGCAUCGAGUGA